AAGAGAAAAAAAAAACGGCGGCCACUUGGUCCGAGCAGCUCCCCCGGCGAGUCCCCAACCUUGAUGUCCUCGCGUCCUCCUCGCCGCCGAUGAGGAAGUGCACCGGCGUGGUGCUCAUCCUUGUCCUCGCCGCCUUCCUCCUCCUCCUCUCCCCGUCACCCUCCACCGCGCCUCCUCCCGUCGCCGCCGGCCCAGUGGCCCACCUCCUCCCCUCCCUCCCGGGCCUCUCCAGCCUCUACCCGGCCCCCGCCGACUCCGCCGCCCACCACUCCUGGCGCCUCCUCCGCCCGCUCCUCGUCCGCUCCGACGCGCUCCCGGGCACCGCCACGGGCGUCCUCGAGGCCGCCGGCGCCUGGCGCAACCUCACCCUCGCCGCGCCUUCGGCGGCUGGCGCCGGCGGCGAGGACGGGCGGCGCCAGGGGAGCCUCGAUGUGAGCUGCCAGGCGUCCGUGGAAGGGGAUCUGGGCGCCCGGGGCGUCAAGAUCCCGUGCGGGCUCGCGGAGGGCUCCGCGGUGACGGUGGUCGGGGUGCCCAAGGCGGGGGCGGCCUGGUUCCGGGUGGAGAUGGUGGGAGGCGGCGGCGAGGUGGUGGUGUCCGUCAAUGUGAGCUUGGGAGCUGCCGAGAUGGUGGUGGAGCAGAACUCUUGGACGCCCCGGGAGGGGUGGGGGGAAUGGGAGCGGUGUCCUCCGGCUGGUGAUGCCGGCCGCAAUGGAAGUUCACAGCCAAGUCUAGUUGAUGGGCUUGUUCGUUGCAAUCAGCAAGUGGGUGUUGGUGGCCUGCAGGGGAGGAACAAUACUAUGGCGAAUGUUACUGCAAACAAGCAUGAAGAUGAGAGCAGACCAAAAGGACAUGCAAAUUUUGGUGGCAGUUUUGCUAUUAUUGAAGGAGAACCUUUUACGGCAACAUUGUGGGCUGGUGCAGAGGGGUUCCAUAUGACAGUAAAUGGAAGGCAUGAGACGUCAUUUUCUUACAGAGAGAGGCUGGAGCCAUGGUCUGUAGCAGAAGUCAAGGUUUCUGGUGAUUUGGAGCUCCUGUCAGUCUUGGCUAAUGGAUUGCCAGUUUCAGAAGUGGUAGACAUGGCUAGCGUUGAGCUUAUGAAGGCCCCACCUCUUUCGAAGAAGCCAAUUUUUCUACUGAUUGGCGUUUUCUCAACUGGAAACAACUUCAAGCGUCGGAUGGCUUUGAGGCGAACAUGGAUGCAAUAUGAGGCUGUCCGUUCAGGAGAAGUAGCAGUACGGUUUUUUACUGGUCUUCAUAAGAAUGAUCAAGUCAAUAUGGAAAUAUUGAAAGAAGCUCAGAUGUAUGGUGAUAUCCAGUUUAUGCCAUUUGUUGACUACUAUACCUUGAUAACCCUGAAGACCAUUGCCAUUUGCAUGUUUGGGACCAAAGUUGUUCAUGCAAAGUACAUCAUGAAAACAGAUGAUGAUGCUUUUGUAAGGAUUGACGAAGUCAUCUCAAGCCUGAAGAAGAGUGACACCGAUGGACUUUUGUACGGUCUUAUUUCUUUCCAGUCUUCACCACACAGAAACAAGGAAAGCAAAUGGUUCAUCAGUCCAAAGGAAUGGCCUGUUGAAGCAUAUCCACCAUGGGCUCAUGGCCCUGGAUAUAUAGUCUCAAGGGACAUUGCGAAGUUUGUUGUACAUGGUCAUCAAGAACGAACUCUUCAGUUAUUCAAACUCGAAGAUGUGGCAAUGGGUAUUUGGAUCCAACAGUACAAAAAUAGUGGCCAGAAAGUAAACUAUGUGAAUGACGAUCGCUUCUACAGCGAAGGAUGCGACUCUGAUUAUGUGCUUGCCCACUAUCAGAGCCCGAGGCUUAUGAUGUGCCUGUGGGAGAAACUUCAGAAAGAGUAUCAACCAGUAUGCUGUGAAUAGUUUCUGCGUCAGCACCAGCAAUUACGACAGGUAGUGAAGUCUGAAGUUGUGAUAGGCUAGGCUUCUCAUCGUUGUACAAUAUAUUGCCACGAUUGUUUUGUUUGAUAGCAAAGCUUGUUGUGGGGCUCAGGUGUAACACUAGUAGCAGUGGGUACAAUAUAAUUCUUUUACAAUGGAUCAAUAGUUUCGGUUUUGUAGAGGAAAAUAUUGAGCCAUGUAUACAAAAGCACGAGCUGUAAUAUCAAAACUCUUGUAAUGAAUCUCCAUCUGUUCUUGGUGAUGCCAUUCUGGAGCUAAUGGUCAAUCUCACAUGAAAAAAAAAU